UGAAACCUAAAAGCUCUGCUUACUUCCUUUAAAUUUUAAUCAUAGCGUACUGAAUCAGCUAAGGCUUUAGUCACACUCUUGCUUAUAAUUUAUAAGGGCUGCACAUAUAUUAGUUUAGUUUAGUUUCAAUUCAACUGUCAAUAUGCAACGUGUUGAUACCUUAACGCCAAAAUAUAGCUUUAAUAUAAUGCUGCUAGGCAGCAAGGCUGUAGGCAAAACAUCCUUGCUAUAUCAUUAUAUAAACGAUCGUGAUCCGCAAAUUAAAGCACCAACAAUUGGUGCCGAGUUUCAAGUGCGUACAAUCAAGGAAGGUAACUCCAUACUCAAGCUUAAGUUAUGGGAUUCAUCGGGAGAGCCCAGUUUUCAUAAUCUACAGCGUAGUUACUACAAGGAUUGUGAAGGAAUUUUUGUUGUGUUUGAUAUACAGAGCAAGGAUAGCUUUGAGCAGGCAGUGGAAUGGAUUGACGAGCUGCGUCAAACUGUUGCCAGCAGUACGGUGAUUAUUUUAGUUGGAAAUAAAACUGAUAUGGAGGCUUGUCGUGCGGUAACAAAGCAAGAAGCUGAAUCAUUAUGCAAGGAUAACGAUUUAAUGUAUGAGGAAACAUCCACAGUGACUGGCGAGCAUGUCAAAGAUUGUUUUAAAACAAUGACUGCCGCAUUGGUGCAACGACGCGAAAAAGCUGAAGAGCAUAAAGUGCAGCAAAUGGCACAGCAGGAGGACGAGGAUGAGGAUGAAGAAUCACCUUUCUGUUGCUGCAUGACGGCACCAAUCAAAUGUGACAGAGCUGUUGUUGUUGACUAAACAUUUAUAAAUACAUUAACUAUAUAAAUUAUAUAAACUUGUUAGCUUAAACUCUAUAUGCUUAUGU